AAUCUAAUUCAUCACUCUACUCAAAUAAUGACCCUAAGUAAUUUUCCAAUUUAAAAUAUUUGAUCGAAUUAAGCCAUUUAAUUUUCUAAUCUAGAAAUAACCGAUUUUAGAGCAGCAAAAUGAAAAAAAAACUAGAUUAUUUCAAGAUCUGUGAAAGCAUUCUCAUUCUGAAACGUUUUGUCCUUAGUCUUAAAGCUAUUAGUCCUGUAUCUCCCUAUUCGUUGUACAGUUUUUGUUGAUAUUUAUUAUGAUUAUGCAAAUUGUUAAUCACAUGGCCGGUAAACCACUUUAGCUAAUUGUGUGUUACUUUAUAUAAAGGGUCAGAUAAUUUAUUACUUCAGUAGUUCUUAAGGGACAGAUUUGAUAUGUGAACUGAAAGUUUUACAAAAUGAUUCGAAUUUUCCUACUUGUUUGCGUUGGUCUGGUCUUUGCCAGACCAGAUGUUAAGAUGGUACUGAACAAUGGACAAACACCCAUUGUGACGUCAUCUCUGGGACAGUACCAAGGUACUCUAAUGACUACUAGAUUGGGGAAGCAGAUCUUUGCCUUUAGAGGUAUUCCAUAUGCCCAACCGCCAGUCAAUGAACUCAGAUUCAAGCCUCCAGUUUCAGUAGCCAAACACGAAGGAGUGUUCAACGCUUCUGAAGAUGGCGCUGCAUGUCCACAGAAUACGGUAGAUCCAAUCUCAGAAAAUUGCCUCCUACUUAAUAUAUACACGACUAAACUUCCAAAGGGUGGCGAACAUCCUAAACUAGCUGUCUUAGUUUACAUCCACUCUGGUGAAUUCAGCAGCUUGUCAGGUAGAAGCAACAGAGCUGGUCCAGAGUAUCUGUUGGACCAAGAUGUGUUGUUGGUUACCUUAAACUACCGUUUGGGAGUACUUGGUUUUUUGAGCACUGGAGACAAAGAAGCUCCAGGCAAUAAUGGCCUCAAAGACCAAGUUAUGGCUCUACGUUGGCUCAAAGAAAACAUCGAAGCUUUUGGAGGAGAUGUCAACUCUAUCACUCUUUAUGGAUACAACGCAGGUGCUGUCAGCGUCUCUCUGCACUUGAUGUCGCCUAUGUCUAAAGGACUGUAUCACAAAGUCAUCAUGAGUGGUGCUUCGGCAUUGGGCCAGUGGCCAUUUGAGCAUAACCAGAUGAAUUUGGCGAAGAAGCUGGCUAAGGCUGUUGGAUGUCCAGAUGAUACUUCGGCUAACAUUAUUAAAUGUUUAAAGGGAAAACCUGCGAAUGAACUUGGGCAAUCUCAAUCAAAAUUAGCUGAGUUUGGAAACGAACCCUUGUUCACCUGGAAGCCGGUGAUUGAAGGCGACUUUGGCCAAGAGAGGUUCCUUCUAGAACACCCUGUACUUUUGGCACGAGAAGGCAAAUUCGAAAAAGUUCCAAUGCUGACAGGGGUGACAACUGAUGAGUUUGCUGGCAGGGCAGUUGAUAUCUACAAGCAUGCCGAUCUUCUUAAACAACUGGAGGAAAAUUGGGAGAAUACUGCUCCAAUCGUCUUCAUGUAUGAAAGAGAUACCGAUCACUCCAAAACCAUCAGUAAAGCCUUAAGAUCCUAUUACUUCGGUGACAAGAAGUUUGACAACAGUACAGUGUCCCAUAUGACUCAGUUAUACGCUGACGGCUUAACAGGUUUUGCAGUCAAUAGGGGAGUGAAGUUAUUAGCUGAGAAAAAUACACAACCCGUCUUCUACUAUAAAUUCAACUACAAAGGAAGAUAUAGUCAUUACUACUUGCCAGACAGUAACGGAACCAUACCAUACGGCGUGGCUCACCAUGACGAUUUGAUCUACUUAUUCUAUGUAUCUGCUAACUUCCCCAAGAUUGGAGCAAGUGAUGCCGAAUCACCAACAGUUGAAAAAAUGACCUCUAUGUGGGCAAACUUCGCCAAGCAGGGAAAACCCAUUCCAGACAAUAAUGAAAAACUCGACAGCGCCAAAUGGGAACCUUUCAACAUCAAAUCCCAAAGAUACUUAGACAUCGGAAACAAACUGACAGUUGCUGAAAAACUCUUCGAAAAAAGAUACGGAGAAUGGGAUAAACUCUUCCCCUAUUCUUUCUACAACAAAUUUAAGUCGAGCAUGGGUUGAAACCAAGAUCCUAUCUGUUGAUGGUUUUUUUAUUUUGUAAUAUAUAUUGUUCAGUUUUUACGUGCAAAUAAUAUAGUUGAGUUGCAAUAUUGA